GGCUUCUCCUUUCAACUCCUGUUUCCACAUAAAGAAACGCAGCAGAAAGGAGGCAGUCUACAAUCUACGUGCAGAGAAGGGGAAAACCAAAUCCAAGAAGAAAUCGAAAGAUAUAUAGGUAGAGAGUGGUAAAUUGAGAUCCUUCACAAGAUGCCGGCCGCGCCGAUGACUGAUUUCUCGAGCUCGGUCAAGCUCAAGCAUGUCAAGCUGGGAUACCAGUACUUGGUGAACAACUUCCUGACCUUCCUCCUCGUCCCGUUCAUGGCCACAAUGGCCGUCGAGCUAGUCCGCCGCGGCCCCGACGAGGUCAUCGGGCUGUGGCGGUCCCUCCAUCUCGACCUCGUCGAGAUCCUCUGCUUGGCGUUCUUGAUAGUGUUCGCUGCCACGGUCUACUUCAUGUCGCGGCCCCGGCCAGUGUACCUGGUGGACUACGCCUGCUUCAAGCCCCCGAAUAGCUGCCGCGUCCCCUUCGCCACCUUCAUGGAGCACACACGGCUCAUCAACUCCGACCCCAAGAGCGUCCGGUUCCAGACUCGCAUCCUCGAGCGCUCCGGCCUCGGAGAGGAGACCUGCCUCCCCCCGGCCAACCACUACAUCCCCCCCAACCCCACCAUGGAGGCCUCCCGCGCCGAGGCCCGGCUCGUCAUCUUCUCCGCCAUCGACGACCUCAUCAAGAAAACCGGCCUCAAGCCCAAGGACAUCGAUAUCCUCGUCGUCAACUGCAGCCUCUUCUCUCCCACGCCGUCCCUGUCGGCGAUGAUCGUGAACAAGUACAAGCUCCGCAGCAACAUCCGAAGCUUCAACCUCUCCGGCAUGGGAUGCAGCGCGGGGUUGAUCUCCAUCGACCUCGCCCGCGAUCUCCUUCAGGUGCACCCGAACUCGAACGCCCUCGUCGUCUCGACGGAGAUCAUCACGCCCAACUUCUACUCCGGCAACCAGCCGUCGAUGCUCCUGCCCAACUGCCUCUUCCGCAUGGGCGCCGCCGCGAUCCUGCUGUCGAACCGCCCCCGCGAGGCCCGGCGCGCCAAGUACCGGCUUGUCCACGUGGUGCGCACCCACAAGGGCGCCGACGACCGGGCCUACUUCUGCGUCUACGAGGAGGAGGACGCCGAGGGCCACUCGGGGAUCUCGCUGUCCAAGGACCUCAUGGCGAUCGCCGGGGAGGCGCUCAAGUCCAACAUCACCACCAUCGGCCCGUUGGUUCUGCCGGUGUCCGAGCAGCUGCUCUUCUUCUUCACCCUCGUCGGCCGGAAGCUCAUCAACUCGAAAUGGAAGCCCUAUAUCCCCGACUUCAAGCUGGCUUUCGAGCACUUCUGCAUCCACGCCGGCGGCCGCGCGGUGAUCGACGAGCUGCAGAAGAGCCUGCAGCUGUCGCCGGAGCACGUCGAGGCGUCCCGCAUGACGCUGCACCGCUUCGGCAACACCUCCAGCAGCUCCCUCUGGUACGAGCUCAACUACAUCGAGUCCAAAGGCCGGAUGCGGCGCGGCGACCGGGUGUGGCAGAUCGGCUUCGGCAGCGGCUUCAAAUGCAACAGCGCUGUCUGGAAGUGCAUCCGCACCAUCAAGACCCCCGUCGAUGGCCCCUGGUUCGACUGCAUCCACCACUACCCAGUCCCCAUCCCGGAGGUCGUCAAGCUCUGAUGGAGGAAGUUAGUUCGCCCACCAAGGAUCCAUCACACAUCACCAACCAUCAGCUAAUGCAUAUAUUUCUUCUUUCUUCUUCUUCUUCUUUUCCUCUCUCUAUCAGUAUCCGCUCUCUAUCGAUCGGUGCUUGUAUUUGGUUAAACGGUAUAGUUAAUAUCGGUAACACAUGCAGUCUCCUGGGUCAAAAACUAGAUUGGGGUUUUGAGAAGAGGACGUGUCCGUCCGACUGUAUACUGUAACUCAAUGCCGUUAAUACAUGCUUAGUCUAUGCGACUAUGCCAUUGCCGGUUUU